AUGUCCUUUCGGAUUGUGGCUUUUCCGUACUCGCCACCUGCUGGUGCUCCGUAUGCCGAUGCCUGUCUGUCUGCACAGCCAGGUGAACGGUUGCGUCUGGUGCGCCGUGUUGAUCCGUGGGCCAUUGUGGAGUCGGGCGGGCGAUUUGGUCUUUUCCCUAUCGUUUUUACUCGUGAUGAUCGUCAGGGUUGCCCCAGGAUGCGUACAGCAGCACGUGAGGAGCUUGUCGAGACCAUAUCGCUGUCUCCAGAGGACAACAUUGUCCUUGAAGAAAAGGAUAGCGAUAAUAUCUUGAAUCAUGCUGCGGGGGUGGCCCCGCCACAUGAGACCAAACAGGAUAAGGCUGAAGUUUUUGUUGUGCCCGGCUGCGGUAGUACUAGCGGCUGCAAAAAUGGGCUUGACAACAGUAACAAGAUCAGCAGCAGCGGUGUGGAAGACCACCACCCAAAAUACGUGGAUUGUAAUGCGGCCGCUGAGGACGAGGGGUGGCGCACAAAGAAGGACGCUUCUUUCUUGAAGAAGGUGCCGCGUCGCUGCUCCGGGCAACGUGUGAGUGAGAGGCGGCGUGAUGGUGACUGUUUUCAAUAUGAGACUGAGGGACGUGGAAAUCCUCAUGGGGAAUGUCUUGCGGAUGCCCGUUUGCAAAAAACCGAGGAAGAGGAGGGGGAAAAAGAAACCGUUACUUGCAGCCGUCACGUCCGAGUAUCCGUCAUUGAGGGGAAAGAAAAACUAGUCUCUCCACCGCAGCAGGCAAGGCCGGUCGUUCAGGAGUGUAGCAGCGAUGCGCUGCAAGAGUUGCGCAGGCAGUACAUAGAGCUGGACGCGGAAAUGGCGUGGCUUUCUCACGUCACGGAAAAUGUGAGGGCGGAGCGUCAGCGCGUGAGGGAUGCGCACGCUUCCGAUGCUCAACAACGUGCAGCACAGGAACUUGCCAAUACGGAGGAGAUGGAGCGGUUGAUUCGUAAUAUUGCGGCAAAGGACGCGGAGCUGAAAGCGGCCAGGAAAUACGCUGUUCACCUCCGUUCAAUUUUGCUGGCGAACAAUAUAACUGGUGAUUUCUUGGAGUCCUUAUCACCAACACCGCCGCCGUUAUUUUUUUCUUUGCCGUCAUUUUUGCAGCAGAUACAGGAACAGUGUAAUGGCGACAAGGAAAACAAGGAUGAUGCUUAUAAUAAUAGUCAUGAAGAUGAAGAUGAGGAUGAUGAUGAUGAUGAUGAUGACGUCUCAGAACCCGUGGAGGAAUUGGCACGAGAUGCGAAUGCUGCAGCGGAAGUAAAUGCCAUCAAGGAGUGCAUCAAGCAGGAACAAGAAACCCUGCAGGACUAUCGCGAGCAGCAUAAUCAACUGAUUGCACACAUGAAGCGUUUGAGGCGGAUUCAGGCGGCUAUAGAGGAAGAGUCAUGUGCACUGCGGGAGUCUGAGGAGGCUCUGGAGGCGGUGGCGCCAACAGGGUCAUACGAGGUUGUGCGGGACGGUGGUUUCAUUAGUGAAGGGCCACUGCAGCCUGUUGGCAGUGGAAAGGCUUCUGUUUUAUCGCAGGGAGGUGCGGGGGAAGUUGAUGUUGCUAUGCGGGAGGGGUUUGCAUGGCCCGCCACACUUCCCGGGCUAACAGCAGAGGAGCAGGAUGCCUUGAGCAACUACCAGCGACUCUUCAAUAAGUACGAGGCGAAGCAUCAAUACUGGCAGAAACAGCAUGAGGAGGCGACGGAAAAAAAGUUGUCCUCCGUGAAUGAAAAACUUCGAGCCACGAUAUCGAAAGGCGACAUGGCGCUGAAUGAAUUAUUGCAGCGAACGGAAAAUCUGAAGGAAUUUGUCACCAAAUACGGCCCAGUGGCGGAGUCCAUCCGUGAACAGGUGGCAGUGAGCCAAAGGAUACUGGAGCGGCAGAGAGAGAAGUGCGGCGACGCUCGUGCCGCGUAUGAAGCCGCUGCGGCAUCCAAAAAAAGAGACCACAAAAGGUGA